AUGAUUUCAAUUAAUAAAUUAUUAUAUAAUAAAAAAAAAUUAAAUUUUAAGAAUAAAAAAAAAAAUAAUAAUUAUUUAUUAAAUAAAUGUCCACAAAAAAAAGGUAUAGUAUUAAAAAUAUUAAUUAAAACUCCUAAAAAACCUAAUUCUGCAUUAAGAAAAGUAGCAAAAAUAAAAUUAUCAAAUAAUAAGGAAUUAUUAGCUUAUAUUCCGGGUGAAGGAAAAUCAAUACAAGAACAUAAUUUUGUAUUAAUUAAAGGAGGUAGAGUUAAAGAUUUACCAGGUAUUAAAUAUAAAAUAAUUAGAGGUUCUUUAGAUUCUAUAGGGGUUAUAAAUAGAAAAACUUCAAGAUCUAAAUAUGGUACAAAAAAAAUAUAA